UUGCGAUGAAAUCACCUGAAAUGUCAACACAUAUUAGGUUAUGUGUUCUUAUAAUUUUACAAAUAUUAUAAUAAAUAUUUAAAAUGAGCGAUUCCACAACGAAUGAAAAAUUUAACGUGUCAAUUAGUAUAUUAAGCGCAACUGCAAGAACAAUAUUAUCGACUUUAUUAAAUCCACCUAAAUGUAUACCUACAAAAGAAAAUUUACAAAGGGAUUGGUAUGGUUUGGCAGAUUUAUUAGGAUAUAGCAGUGAAGAAAUAUCAUUAUUUCGUAUAAGCAGUGACCCAACAAAUAAUAUAUUACAAAAAUGGGAAAGUUGCGAAGAUAGUAUAAUCGCGAAAUUACUGUGUUGUCUUCAAAAAAUGGAUCGAUUUGAUAUAAUCGCCGAUAUUUUUGAUAUAAUAAUUAGUGACAUAGCUUUGUAUGAAAACAGCAAUAAGGCCGGGUCUAACAACAUAGAUACAUCACUUUUUAUAACAAUAAAGGAUUAUGAAUACCACCGACGGGGUUUACAACCAAUAAUAUAUCAUGCAUCUAUUUUAUAUGCUCCUGAAGAUGUUGAUUUUGCAUACGAAAUAGUUACUCACUUAGAAAAUAAGUUUAAAAUGAAUAUAUUUGUGCCCGAACGUGAUCUCAUUGUUGGUAUAAUGGAGAAAAAUGCAACAAUGCGAAUAAUUGCGAGUAGAUGUCAAAAAUUACUCACCAUUUUGUCCCCCGCUUUCAUAGAAAGUAGUGUUAAUAAAUACUUUCUUAGUUUUGCUCAAUCUUUAGGUGUAGAUAACAGUAUGAGAAAAAUCAUCCCUAUAGUUUAUAAAAUCUGUGAUAUACCAAUUGAAUUACAACCCAUUCAUAAAUUAUCAUACAAGUCUGCUUGGCCAGGUAACUUUUACGAAAAAUUGCAAUAUUCUCUCCAAAAAGCUAAGUGUAUUGAUACUUCAAAUUCUUCAUUUAAAUCGACCGCGUCAAUUAAUGGUGGUGUAUCUGCAAUACAGAGUUUUCCUAAACAUGACAAUGUUGAAAUAUUACAAACAAUUAAGAAACCUGAAACGUCUGGAAGUAUACCGAAGAAGAAGGUUGGGGUUGUACAAAAAGUUAUGACAAAAAUUGGGAUUAAGAAGAAAAGAUCUAAGAAGAAAGAAAUGGUGGAAGUAGCUGCUUAAUUUUUUUUAUGUUUUAAGAGACAGAUUAAUUGUUAAGUUAUAAUUAAGAUAUUAAACCAUUGUUGUGUGGUUUGUUAAAAAGGAAUUAUAUUUUAUUACUGAAGUA